CCACCAAGCGCAUCAGCUGCCUGCAGCGGGGAGGAGCGUCGUCCCGCAUUUCAGGAGAGCACGUUUCUUCACAUCUCUGAGAAUAUCCAUUUGACUCAUUUUGUUGACUGAUGCGCUGUUUCUGGUGCCUUGCGCAGACCCUCUUUUUUUUUUGCGCGCAUGAAGGGCUAAAGGAGAUUAUUUCUUUCCACCUCAAGUUGUUGCUCAAGGACUCAAGUCGCGCCUCAACAGACCAGACACGCUCGAAAAGUGGCAUGAAACGUGGAAACGGACCACUGAGUCGUGCGGAAACAAAAAGGAAACUAAUAAAGGCUCGUUACUGUUCUGCUUUACCCAAAGUGGAGUGAAGACGCUCAGAGAAUCCAGCCUCAUUCUGCGCGUUAGAGACCAUGGAUCAGACGCAGCGCGUAAGAGGAAACACACCAUGGCGGGAUUUCUUUUUUUAAUGAAUCUCUACCGCUCUGAAGUGAAGCGCAGAGACAAUGAUUCACAUAGUUGAGUAAGUUUUUUUUUUCCGCCCACACCUGUGUUGUUCAAUUGCUGCUAUUUUUUUAUGAAAGAAACUUGGGUUUAGUCAUUGUGGCAAGAACUGUAUUUUUCUUAUAAAAAAAAAAAAAAAAAGAGAGGGAGAUGAGUUCAUCUGGGAAGCUCAGCCUCAUCCCAGUCCUGCUGGUUCUGUGGAGCAGCAGGGGUUCAACCAUCAGUUCAAUAGACGCUGACUGGUCCGGAGAGGGGAGAUGUCAACACAUAACCAUCCCCCUGUGCAAAGACAUAGGCUACAAUAUGACUCGCAUGCCGAAUCUUAUGGGACACGAUGAUCAAAAGGAGGCAGCAAUAAAGCUGCAGGAGUUUGCAACGCUGAUCCAGUUUGGAUGCCACAGCCACCUCAAAUUUUUUCUAUGUUCCCUAUAUGCUCCCAUGUGCACAGAGCAGGUGUCCAACCCCAUUCCAGCGUGCAGAGUUAUGUGUGAGCAGGUCAAACUGAAGUGCUCACCUAUUCUGCAGCAUUUCAGUUUCCCCUGGCCCGACUCUUUGGACUGUUCCCGUCUGCCCACUAAAAAUGAUCCAAACAACCUGUGCAUGGAGGCGCCAACCAAUGUAUCAGAUGAGCCUCCCAAAGUCUCCCACACUCAGCCCCCGGAUUUCAGACCACAGCGGCCUCUGGGUGGGCAGGACCUGCUCCUGAAGGGCAGUGGCAGCAAACAGACUUGCAGCAACCCAGGCAAGUUCCACUUUGUGGAGAAAAGUGAGUCAUGUGCCCCUAAAUGCUACCCUAAAGUGGAUGUAUUCUGGAGUCAAGGGGACAAACAGUUCUCUUUGGUGUGGAUGGCCAUCUGGUCCAUCCUCUGCUUUGUCUCCAGUGCCUUCACCGUGCUCACUUUCCUCAUUGACCCACAGCGGUUCAAAUACCCCGAGAGGCCAAUCAUCUUCCUCUCUAUGUCGUACUGUGUUUAUUCUGUGGGCUACCUCAUUCGACUCUUUGUGGGAGCGGACAGAAUAGCCUGCGACCGAGACAAUGGUGUUCAGUAUAUCAUCCAGGAGGGCCUGGAGAGCACUGGGUGCACCAUUGUCUUCCUCAUCCUGUAUUAUUUUGGAAUGGCCAGCUCCCUCUGGUGGGUUAUCCUUACCCUCACAUGGUUCCUGGCUGCAGGGAAGAAGUGGGGUCACGAGGCCAUUGAGGCCAACAGCAGCUACUUCCACCUGGCCGCGUGGGCCAUCCCAGCCGUCAAGACCAUCAUGAUCCUGGUGAUGAGGAAGGUGGCCGGGGAUGAGCUGACAGGUGUCUGCUACGUGGGCAGCAUGGAUGUCAAAGCCCUCACGGGGUUUGUGCUCAUUCCUCUCUCCUGUUAUCUCAUUAUUGGCACUUCUUUCCUGUUGUCUGGUUUUGUGGCACUUUUCCACAUCAGGAAGAUUAUGAAAACAGAGGGCGAGAACACAGACAAACUCGAAAAGCUGAUGGUUCGAAUUGGGGUCUUCUCUGUGCUCUACACUGUCCCAGCUACCUGCGUCAUUGCCUGCUAUUUCUAUGAGCGGCUCAACAUGGACUACUGGCGCAUCCUAGCAGGGGAGCAGAAGUGUGUGGACAGCAGCGGACCAGAGUCAGACGAAUGUGUCAUGAAGGCUUCAAUACCAGCUGUGGAGAUCUUUAUGGUGAAGAUCUUCAUGCUGCUGGUGGUAGGAAUCACAAGCGGUAUGUGGAUUUGGACUUCAAAGACACUGCAAUCAUGGCAGAAUGUGUUCAGCCGGAAGUUAAAGAAGAGGACCAGGAGGAAGGCUGCCAGCGUUUUCACCAGCAGCAGGCCUUACAUCAAACCUCACCCGUCUCUCAAAGGGCACAACACUAAGUAUGAACCUACACGCCCCCCUCCGACAUGUGUAUGAGCUGACUUUCUUGAUACAAACUCAAAAAUACUUUCAAAACCCUAAGCAAGACUUGUAUAAUCAGAGAGCCUUUUAAAGAAUCAAAGUUCUUCCUUUAUUUAUCCAACAUGCAUUGACGAAUACAUGGGUUUUUUAUGUAUUAUCAGCCAUGUCACGCAACAGGAGGCGCUUUUGUUUGAGGAUAAAACUCAGCUUCUUCUUGAAUCACUUGUCCCAUUGGUGAACUUGGUGUAAACAAAAAGAAAAAAAAAAGGUUUCCAAGACAAAAAGAGCAGAGUAAACGAUUUGUUGUGCCAUGGCGUCGCUUGAAUAAUGUGCAAUAGAUGCUUUCCUCAUGAGAAAAAGACACGUGCUUUUGGUGACUGAUUACAGACAACGGAAGGACCCCAAAGAGGCAAAUGGUCAGAGAGACGAGUGUUGUGACCAGUCUUUUUGAUGGAAAUCAAGGCAGUGUCAUAUAUGUUUGGACUGGACUGAAAGCAGCUGUUGAAAGGCGCUCACAACCUUACAAACUGCCCCAUUGUACGGAAAAUUCAUGACAUGAAUUAUAAUCAAGCACUCGAUAUUCAAAACUUAUUUGUACCCAGAUGUGUCCCUUUUUCUUUGCUGUUUUAUAGCACAAGGGAGUGUUUGUAUAUAUUUCUAAAGGUUGAUAUUUUAUAGAAAAAUUAA